CUCAUUAUUAAUUUAUUUUAAAUCAAAAUUUAUUCUAUCACCUUAGAACCAAUGGCCAAAGAUUCGUCAGAUUACAAUGCCAACAAUCUAUCGACCCCCUCUCCAUCUCCUAACGCCAUUCAUACUUCACCCAUGACACUCACCGAUUCGCACCCACUACUGUGCAGGACCGAUGAGUCAACCAUAUAAUCGUCCUCGCCAUAAUACCUUCACCACUACCACUCUCCGCCAUGGCCACCAAGAAGCAUGUGCUUAUGAUCGAUAACUACGACUCGUUCACCUGGAACCUCUACCAGUACCUCCACCAGUCGCCUUUGUGUGGAAAGGUCGACGUGUACCGGAACGACGAAAUAGACAUCGACACCAUUGAAAAUGUCAUCAAACCCGACGUGCUCUUCAUUUCCCCAGGCCCAGGCCACCCUGAGAGCGACUCGGGAGUGUCAAGAGCCGCCAUCGACCACUUCAAGGGCAAACUCCCUAUUUUUGGCGUGUGUAUGGGCUUGCAGUGCAUCUUUGAAGUGUUUGGCGGCAAAGUUCUGUUUGCAGGCGAAAUCGUCCACGGAAAGACCACUCUCAUCAAGCACGACGGCAAGGGUAUGUUCGCCAACGUGCCGCAGUCUGUGGCCGUGACUCGUUACCACUCGUUAGCGGGCAGUUUCCUGACACUUCCCCCAGACUUGGAAGUGACUGCCACCACCGAAACGUCGCCAGAAAUUAUCAUGGGAGUCAGACACAAGAAGUACGCCAUCGAAGGUGUGCAGUUCCACCCAGAGUCUAUCUUGACGGAGUCGGGCCAGAUGAUGGUCGACAACUUGUUGGCAGUCAAUGGAGCAUACUGGGACGUAGAAGUGACUGCACCCGCCAAAAAGGAAAACAUCUUGACCAAGAUCUACAACCAGCGCCGUAAGGACUACGAGGCCAUUGAGGCGUUGCCAGGCAAGUCGUUCGAACUGUUGGAAGUGACCCACUCGUUGGGAGUGGCUCCUCCAUUGAUCAACUUCUACGACAGAUUGACCAGCACCAGCGCCAGUGGCAGCACUAUCAUCUUGUCGGAGUUCAAGAGAGCGUCGCCUUCCAAGGGGGACAUCAACAUCCAAGCUCAUCCCGUCAAGCAAGCAUUGACCUACGCCUCGCACGGAUGCUCCACCAUCUCGGUAUUGACCGAGCCUACCUGGUUCAAAGGCUCGUUGGAAGACAUGGCGUUGAUCCGGAAGGUAGUAGAUCUCCCCACAACUGACGGAUACUCCAGACCUGCCAUUUUGAGAAAGGAGUUCAUUUUCUCCAAGUACCAGAUCUUGGAGGCCAGAUUGGCUGGUGCUGACACCGUGUUGUUGAUCGUCAAGAUGCUCGACAACUUUGAUCUUCUCCAGGAGUUGUACCAGUACUCGCUCUCCUUGGGCAUGGUACCAUUGGUGGAAGUCAAUGAUGCGCCAGAAUUGGACCAGGCGUUGAAAUUGUCCUACAAUGGCGACAAUCUGGAGCCUCUCGUCAUUGGAGUCAACAACAGAAACUUGACCACCUUUGACGUGGACUUGAACACCACCAGCUCCUUGGUGGACCAAGCCAAGAACUCGCCCAGAAAGGGCAAUGUGUUGGUGUUGGCAUUGUCGGGGAUCACCUCGGUGGAAGACGUCAAGAACUACAAGAAGCAGAAUAUCGACGGGUUCUUGAUUGGAGAGAGCUUGAUGAGAGCAGAGGAGAAGGGCCAGGCUGGCCAAUUUCUCCAUGAGUUGUGCAACUGCUAGAGGGAAAUAUAGACAUGAAUAAAUAUUGGCAAACGUGCCGCACGAAUGUGAUACAAGUAGUACCAGUACAUUGGAUUAGAGGUCAUGGAAGGCAACCAGAUUAGAAGUCAGAGAGAGGAAUUCCAUUGGUUAAAAAUCAGAGAAAGACCAUUUAAUUAGCACCCAAAG